UCAACUAAGGAAAUUGGGCCAAUUCCAGUCAAAGUCACUUCCAAAAAAGCUUCAGAAAAUUCUUUCGCGCUUACUUGGGAAGAUGUUAAGGAGAUCGAUCCUGAAAAAAGAACUUGCACUGAUGAUCAAUGUGAAUUAAUAACUGUUGGAAAAAAAGAAGUACGUUUUGGUAAUAAAAAAUUUACCAUUAAUCUUAACGAUAAAAAAAAGAUAAAACCUAACUUAGUAUAUUUUGCUGGAGUCGUUGGUGUUAUUUUUGACGCUAUUUCUAACUCUAGUAAAGCUUUUGGCGGCGUUACUGAUGCUAAAAAUGGAGUGCCACAAGCCUAA